GUGACGUCACAAUACCAGGCUAGCUACUGUGUUGCUUGUGUGUUCCCGGCUCUCCCAAGAACCCUGCAGGAUUUCCCCACCCCCACGCCGGUUCUCUCUCCGCCUCCCAGCCUGGGCCACCCGGGGCCUCAGUCCUGAGUGUUCUCAGCGGGCUGGUGGAACACAGCGGGCAGGGCAGCAGUGGUUAGCACCGCCGAGGCUCUUGGAGUCUCUUACUGGACUCCGACCAGGGGAAGCCAGACUCGGAGAAUCAAUCCCCUCCGCCUGAGCCAGGCCCCCCAGGGGAGAUCGGAGACGCUGCGGAGCAUCAUGAAAUUCCAAUACAAGGAGGAUCAUCCUUUCGAGUACCGGAAAAAAGAAGGGGAGAAGAUUCGGAAGAAAUAUCCUGACAGAGUCCCUGUAAUUGUGGAGAAGGCACCUAAAGCCAGAGUCCCUGACCUGGACAAAAGGAAGUACCUGGUGCCCUCUGACCUUACAGUUGGUCAGUUCUACUUCUUAAUUCGGAAGAGGAUCCACCUUCGGCCGGAAGACGCCCUCUUCUUCUUUGUCAACAACACUAUCCCUCCUACUAGUGCUACCAUGGGCCAACUUUAUGAGGACAACCAUGAGGAAGACUAUUUUCUCUAUGUGGCCUACAGUGAUGAAAGCGUCUACGGGAAGAAGAAGGCAUUGCAGGACAGAGCUGCUGGAUUGGCUGGGGGAAGUUUUCGACAUGUAUGAUUGGGAAAUGGGGAUGGCACCCCUCCCUGCCCUCUUCCCACCCUGUGAAGUUAGCCUUUGUUGUGCUGGAUAAGAAGGGUCAGGGGAGGGGGGUGUUGGUAGGUUGUUUUCAGGUAGUCUCUGUCCAGGGAGGACUUCCCAGUUUUCUUACCCUGGGGAGUGGGAACAGUUUGAUACAUUGGUAGGAGGGGUGUGGGUGGGAGAGACAGAAGAAAAUGCUCUAUGACUACCCCAGUAUUUGACCAAACUUGUUUUUAUCAUCUCUCCUUGGCAACAUCUCUUCCAUAGUCCUACUGCAGGCUUUAUCCUCCCCCAAUAUCCCUAGGUAUCAUUCUCAAAGGGAAAUAUUACCCUAAAGUUAUAACCACUAUUGCCUGGCUUAUUGGGCUUGUAUCUCCAGACUUCACUUAAAAGACAGUACAGAAAGACAUGGAGUAUGGAGAAUAAGGGGAGAGUGUUUGCUCUUUUUUGUCUUCUGUGGAAGUGUUGGGCCAGGAGUUUGCAUCUCUCUCCCACCUGACGUUUCCUUGUCCUUCUAAAUUGAGGGCCAGGCCUGGGGACCAAAGAGGAAACUUAUUUGGCAUUAGGACCCUAAAAUAUAACUCCUUUACCCUCCUGUCUAACUUCCAUUCCACAGUCUUAUGAAAUGUCCCAGUGGUGAUAAAAUCACUAAAAGGAUGUGGCUCUGAGUUGCGUGGACUUUGGAAAGGAGGGUAGGCAGGAUAUAUCGCUAAAUUGAACUUAUGGAGAACCUCUGUCCCAGCUUCUCUCUGCAUACCUUUUAGUACAGAAUAAGAAGCCCUACCUGCCCUGGACUUGAUUAACCUUCAAACAUUCCCAACUGUAGGUGGGAACUUUCCCUAUCAUUCCUAAACCCCACAAUUCUGGGUACAGGAGAAGGUGGGGAGGGGGAUUACCUCUCUAGCAUUUUUGCUCCCAUGCACACAUAGAUGGUUGAUAAAUUCAACUCCCUUGUUCUGUAUUCAUUCAUCAAAGCUGCUGUUAGAAAGUUCUGGGUCCUGUUUUAUUUUUGUCAGUUUUGAUUAUUGUUUUCUCUUUUGGUGGGGGGAGGGGGGCAGGGAAAGAGGUGUUGAACUCAGCCAUUUAGUUCCAUCUUUGCUUGGAAAUCUGGUCCCCUGUGAUGGGGAAACACCUCUCUUUGUCAGUUGUUGUACUAGCUGCAGGUUCCUGUGUAAAUGAAGUUCUUGCUGUGGGGCAAGGAAAUAAAAUAAUUGCACACUUUAAGAUCAA